AUCGCCCGUCGGUUGACCGGAUACAGUUCUUCCCCGCCAACACGUUUUCUCGGCGGCUAAAAUGCUGUAUCUGACCAUUGACUGCUGCCCCCGAGAAAGUAGAGACUAGAGAGCAUUUGAGAGUGAAUUCCGCUGCUCUAAACCGCUCAUCUCUCUCUCAUAUACCUCGUGAAAACCGAAUCCUCUGAUUUUCGGGUCCAAACUGCUUCUUCUCUUUCUUUUCACCUUCUUUUCCUAUAUAUCGAUCUCGAUGGGACAAGCUCAGAGCGAUUCUUCCAGGGAAAAUCAAAUCAUACGGAAAUCUGCAGACGUAGACUCUCAGCCUUCUUCCAUGGAAGAUCUAAUUGCAGAAGCUGUAGCUUUUGGUGGCAAUCAGGAUGAGUCUCUGGAUGUGAGAGCACAGAAAGCACUGGAAUGCCCUUGUGUGGCUAACUUGCGGAGUGGCCCUUGUGGAACUCAGUUUUCUGAGGCGUUCCUCUGUUUCCUCAAGAGCACUGCUGAAGAAAAGGGCUCGGACUGCGUGAAUCCUUUCGUGGCUUUGCAAAAUUGCAUCAAGGUAAACCCGGAUGCAUUUUCUAAGGAUGUUUUAGAUGGAGAGGAGAGCAAGAAAGAGGAAGAAGUUGUCCAGGAAUUCAAAAUCUUACCUCCAUCAUGGUCAAAAGAAUCCAAAACUAAGCUAUGAAAGUCUACAUUAAUAUUACCGCACUUGGUACUAUGCGACAAGUGGUAUGCUUUUCUUUUCCAUUUUAGUCCCAUCAAGCCCUUCUCAUGAUUCCGAUUAUUUGGGUUUCAGCUUGAAGCCACAUUACUCUGGCAUUUACAUCUUCUAAUAACUAACCUGAUAGUUCAAGAAUCAAUGCCUUGCAAUUGUGCUGUUAGAGGAUCUCCUGAAAUUAGAAUUCAAUGAAUGUAACACCUUGAGCUGUUUGAGA